AUGAACGCAGGCAUCGUCAGGACGACCAGCAGGCCGAGCGGUAGGCCUUUAGGCAUCUACAUUGCGGGCGCCGCGCUUCGCCUGGCCCUCUUCACUCUCUUUCCCGGCCUGCCCGACCUGCUGACCGGCCGCGUCGAGAUCUCUACGCCCGUGACGAGCUUCAAGAGGUUGCAAGAAGGACUCUUCCUAUACAACCACAACGUCUCCCCCUAUGACGGCGGCGUAUACCACCAAGCGCCCCUCCUCCUUCCACUAUUCUCGCUCCUACCUGAUGCGGCGACAUACCCAAUAUUCACAGCGCUGUUGUACAUUGCCGUCGAUCUCUUCUGCGCCGAUGCUCUCUUCCAAAUUGCUGAGUCGGGCGAGGCCGGAUCCUCUGCCAAUUUCCAGUCCCCUCGACGCCAGAGGAGGUGGAGCGGAGCCAUUGUGGCCGCCAUAUACCUUUUCAGCCCCUUCACAAUAGCAACAUGCAUCGGCCGCUCGACCGCCGUUUUCACUUCGUGCGCCAUCCUCCACGCCAUCGCAAAGGCUAUCCAAGGCCGCACCCUCGGCGCCUUGGUCUCUAUCGCAUUCGCCUCAUACCUCUCCAUGUCCCCGCUGCUCCUCCUCCCGCCGCUCCUCGUCCUGGCCUACGACCGCCAGCCGGCCGCCCCCGCGCGUGCCCAUCUCUCGGCUUCGCCGACCACAUUCGCCAUUGUAGGCACAGGAGUCGUCAUGGCGGUCCUCACGGCCCUUGCCGCCCUCUCGCUCGUCAUCACAAACUUCUCCUGGGAGUUUCUCGCCUCGACGUACGGCAUCCAGCUCACGCUCGCGGACCUGACGCCCAACGCGGGGUUGUGGUGGUACUUCUUCAUCGAGAUGUUCGACCCGUUCCGCUCCUUCUUCCUCGCAGUCUUCUGGCUGCAUCUGGCUUCCUACGUUGGCGGGCUCACCAUCCGCAUCCGCAGCCAGCCCCUCGCCGUCCUCUCGAUCCUCCUCGGCUUGUUCGCCAUAUUCAAGCCCUACCCGUCCAUCGCCGACACGGCAUUGUUUCUGGGCCUGAUGCCCCUCUUCCGCCACAUCUUUCCCCUGAUGCGCUACCCGUUCGUGAUUGCUGCCGUCAUCGUUUACGCAGUCUUUCUAGGUCCUGCCUUCUGGCACCUGUGGAUCUACGCCGGUAGCGGCAAUGCCAACUUCUUCUACGCCAUUACGCUGGUGUGGAGUCUAGUGCAGAGCCUGCUGGUCAGCGACUUUACAUUUGCGCUGCUGAGAGACGAGUGGGAGGUAGAUAGGCCCGAAAUGGUCGGCAAGGAAGUUAGACAGAUCUAA